UGUGCCUGUUCGCAGCCAUGUGACAAUUCGUCCUUUGUGACUUCCUCUCGAGAUAAUCGCCGACCUUUGGGCAAGUGCAUAAAAGGAAGAACAUCGUCACUGCUUCGUCCGGCAGUCGUCAUGGCGUCGUUGCAAACACCGCCUCAGCUUCUCUCGCCUCCGCCUUCUCCCGCCCCGCAGAACUUGUCGACCGAGAUCAACACGGCCACACGAUCGGUCCAUACACGACUGAACAAACUCAUCGUCUCCCGCGUGCCUCUCGCUCUUCCUCCGAUAGCCAAGUCCCCCGAAUUAUACGCUCAUGGCAUCAAUACCUUCGGCGACAUCUAUCUUGUUUUUGAGAAUUGCUGGCGGGCCCUGAUCGCCGACGUCGACAAGUCCCAAGGUGACGACUCAACACACAGCGCCAAGUUGCGACCAUGGCUCUCUCAGCUAGUCCCACCCGGUCUAUGGCGCUCCGAUGCGAUCAAGAAAGAUGUAGAAUAUCUAGAGACAACCAUUGGUGUUGACUUGGAGAUAAUAUCGAACGAACAACUUCGCGCCUUUACCGAACACAUAUACCGACAAACUCGAGAGAAGCCACACGUCUUGGUUGCAUACGCAUGGAUCAUGUACAUGGCCAUCUUUUCUGGUGGUCGCUGGAUCAGAGAGCAACUGACAAAUGCCGGUCCCGAAUUCUGGGGCGCCCACAACCAAGCGGACAAGACGGAUUAUUGGGUGCACGGAACGCUCAGACCUGGCUUCACACUGUUCUGCUUUUCGGGCACAAGAGACGGAGAGGACAUCAAGGCAGACUUCAAGAUUCGUCUCGAGAAAGCCGAAGAACUGCUUACGGAACGUGAGCGUCAGGACAUCAUUGAUGAGGCCCAGUUCAUCUUUGAGCAGUGUGUUGCCAUUGUUGAGUCUCUAGACAGCCAGCUCAUGACCGAUCUCGAACUCGUCAAGUCGCUAGCUUCUCGAGAGGCCAAGCACGGAACUUCUCAUGUCAAGACGACUCCUACCAGAGCUGCUCUCCCAGAGAACGUAGCACAACUGACCGCAGAACCUAAGUCGGCAGGCCUAAUUAGAGCCAUUAUGGUCGCGUUUUUCGCCUUUGCUUUCUAUCAAUCAUAUCGCUGGCAGUACGGAGAUGUGGAGGAUGCUUGAUUGUUUGAUUACGCAUCGAACAUGCAUUUAGAUUUAGAUUAGAUGUGAGGACGGAGACGACAGCAUGCGACGGAUGCGCAGAGAGAUACCCAAUAGAGAUGAAUACCAGCUUCCUGAUUUAAAUUAAUACCAGC